AUGUCGGCAGAUGACAAUCAUAAUUCCACGUCAAAUUACGCCCCAAAGUCGCCCGACCUGUCUUCUCUCUACCCAGCCGGGCCCACCCAGAACGCGUCUCAGCUCCAUCUAACUCCUCAUCCUCAUCCUCAGCCGCCUCCUCCUCCUGCCUCUGCUUCCCCUUCUGCUCAAAACCCCCCAAUCGACUUCAGCCACUCGCCCCGCCACGCUUCUUCUUCCUCGUCCUCCUACCCGCCUCCCGUCGCCACGGCCGGUCCUCACGACGUCGCCGACCCCGGCUAUCCCGGCUACUCGCCCUCGGCCCAGCAGCAUUACCUCCCUCCGAGCCCACAGCAGAACGUAUCGCCGUCCCAGGCGGUGCCCUACGGCCAGCAGCCCCCGGCUCUGCUCCACCAUCCCCAGCCCGCCUACUUUCAAGCGCAGGCAUUUCCCGGCCAGGUUCAGCAGCAGCAUCUCGGCGUCCAGCUGCCGCAGUACUACCUCCGACAGCCGGUCCCGACGUCCCCCUCGGCUUCCGCGCAGCCGCCGCCGCCGCUCGAGAUGCCCCCGCGAAGAGCAGCUGCCGGGCCGCCCCCGCCCGCCAUUGAGCCGUCGCCCGUCAGGACAAAGUUCCCCACGGCCAGAAUAAAGCGAAUCAUGCAGGCCGACGAGGAGGUGGGCAAGGUCGCCCAGCAGACGCCCAUCGCCGUCGGCAAGGCGCUCGAGCUGUUCAUGGUGCAGCUGGUGUCCAAGAGCGCCGAGGUGGCCAAGGACAAGGGUUCCAAAAGAGUCACGGCUCCGAUGCUUAAGCAGGUGGUCGAGACGGAUGAUCAGUGGGAUUUUCUCCGAGACAUUGUCAGCCGCGUGGAGAACGAAAAGGAAGGAUCCCGAGCCAAGGCCAAGGCAGAGAGCGAAAGCGAAGAGGAAGAGCCCGAGCCCAAAAAGAGAGGCCGCGGAGCCGGUCGAAGGAAGAAGGCGGCGUGA